GUAGAAUUGUAGGUAAAACAUUGAGAAAAGUAAAGAAAAUAACAAUAAUGAAUGCACCCACUAGAUACUCGGUACAAAAGCUUUCUUCAACAAGCAAAAGAAAUUGAUCUGGGAGCAGUUUGUCUUCAAAACUGAAAAAACGAAAAAGCAUAUCAGCCAAGGUAAGUUUUUUUUUAGUCGCAGAAGCUGUAGCAGCUAGUUCAUGAGCCCUUCUAUUGCCUUCCCUUCCCUGGAAAACACUUCUCUCCUUCCCUGAAUUCCAACCCUUCCCAGAAACCCUAGUCCAUCAUCCCAGAAACUCCAGCUUCCAUGGCGUCCAAGAAGAAACAAUCAGAAGGCAUCCUUGUACAGGGGUGACUUUCUCUGCUGAGAAAUUCCCAAAAGCCAGGGGUGACUAAGCAGGGGGGAAGUCACCCCUGUGCCUCCGCCACUCAGAGGGAGGGUUGAAUUUGAAUAUAGCAGAAUCUAUCUGAUUCUUCUCUCGCAUAGGCAUAGCAGAAUGGGGGAUGAACCUCUAACCCCCGCGGGAAGGCUGUUCUUGCAGCCAGAAAUGAACCAAAUAAUCCACUGCGUUUUAGGUCUCAAGAACCCUAUCGAUAUUGACUCAGUCAAAUCUCAAAUCAGUGACUCAGUCAUGCUCAAACACCCAAGGUUCACCAGUCUCAUGGUCCGUGAUCAUCGAGGAGUUGAGCACUGGCGCCCUACCCAAAUUCACAUUGACAACCACCUCACCGUCAUUCAUGACCCACUUUCCGAUCAUUCAUCAGCCAUCAAUGACUACCUCGCCGAUUUAUGCACGGCGACCAUAAGCAUGGACAAACCCUUGUGGGAAAUCCAUAUCCUGAUGGCUCACAAGUGCGUCAUAUUUCGAAUCCACCACUCCCUCGGGGAUGGGAUUUCAUUGAUGUCGAUGCUCCUCGCCGGCUGCAGAAAGGUCCAAGAUCCUCACGCCCUCCCUGUCAUAUCAAACCCUCAUUCCGUCAAGAGGACCAAUUUCAGCUUCAAGGAUCUCCUGCUCACCAUCUGCUUCUCCUGUAUCUAUGCCAUUCAAUUUAUCGUCAAGUGUCUUUGGAUUCGUGACUGCAAAUCCCCCAUUACCGGAGGCGCUGGGGUUGAGCUCUGGCCAAGGAAGAUGGCUACUGCUUCCUUUUCCUUGGAAGACAUGAAAACUGUCAAGGCCGUUGUUCCUAAUGCGACCGUAAAUGAUGUUCUAUUUGCAAUCAUAUCAUCUGGGAUAUCAAGAUACCUGGACUUACGUGAGCCUAGUGGGCUGCGAGAUGGAAUUCAGCUAACAGGAUUAGCUAUGGUCAACCUAAGGAAGCAGUCAGGAUUGCAGGAUUUGCCCAAUUUGAUGAGAAGCAAUUCAGUAGCAAGGUGGGGUAACAAAUUCGGUGUUAUUCUACUGCCUAUAUACUAUCAUAGAAGCAGCAAUUCAGAUCCUCUAGAAUAUUUGAAGAGAGCCAAAAAAAUGAUUGACAGAAAGAAGCAAUCUUUGGAGGCUCAUUUCUCAUACAGAAUUGGAGAUUUGAUAAUGUCAACUUUUGGUCCAAAGUCUGCCAGCUUUCUAAAUUACCGGAUAAUCUGCAACACAAGCUUUACAAUCUCAAAUGUUGUUGGACCACAAGAGGAGAUUAUGAUCGGAGACAAUCCUAUAACGUUCUUAAGGGCAAAUAAUUCAGCCCUGCCUCAUGCACUGAUUUUGAAUAUGGUGAGCUAUGCUGGAAGGGCAGACAUGCAAGUGCAGGUGGCCAAAGACAUCAUCCCCGACCCUGAGUUUCUUGCCAAAUGCUUUGAAGAUGCUUUGCUUGAAUUGAAGGACCGGGUUACGGCCAAAAUUUAGCGUUUUGAGAAAUUUGUUUUGUUCAAUAUGGUCACAAAUGUUGAAGUUUUUUCUUUUAAAGUCAAAUAUAUGAAUGCAUUCAUUAAAGUGGCUCAGUGGGAGAUCCGAGUCAAUAAUAGAGGAAAUACACCUCGUGACUCUUCUAUCCACUCUUGAUCAGGGUGUAAUAUAGAGCACUUUGCUAAUUGGUGAGCUGAAUAAUUAGUGUUUCAGACACAGAUAUGCUAAUAGAGUAGUUUGUUGCCUUAUAUCUUC